AUGGCACAGAAGAGAAAAAGUUGUUCUGAGAAUGAGAAUGAUUACGAUCUGGUGUACAACUUCGACCAAAGUGCACCCCCAACAUCCAGCAUCAAUGUGGCGGUAAACCAUCUACGGCCCGUUGAUGCUGGUGAGGGAAACGAGAGGCAAAUAAGAAAGAGGAGGAAAAUUAGCAGUUUUCCAGAGUCGCCAUCUCGUCAUUUCUCUGACCCGAGAGCCAGCUCAAGUCAGAAUGUAAAAUUUGAGGACCAGGGCCCUGCGCCGGAAUGGCAGAGAAGUACUGAAGGUGAAAUUUUGAGCCGUUAUGAAAUCGUCGAAAAGCUUGGUGAGGGAGGAUUCGGCGCUGUCUUCGAAGGGAUUCGCUUGAAGGAUGGCCUCAAGGUGGCACUGAAAUUUGCCUUGAAGACAGAUGCUAUGGAAUAUAUCAGCAUUCCUGGUCAUCCUGCGCCCCUUCCGUUAGAGGUUGCCCUAAUGAUGCUUGCUAACAAGGGCCCCAGCGUUCCACAGAUAGUUCAGCUGCUGGAGUGGCAGGACCAGGACGGCUACUACAUCAUGGUUUUGGAACGCCCCUCACCCUGCGAGGAUCUGUUUGAAUUCCUGGAGCACCAAGGAGGCGUCCUCAGUGAGGACUUAGCCCGGCUUAUCAUGUGGCAGGUAGCGCAGGCCGCUCACAUGUGCUGUCGGCGUGGAGUGCUCCACCGUGAUAUCAAACUGGAGAACCUGCUAUUCAACAAGGAGACUCUUGAAGUCAAACUUAUUGACUUCGGGUGCGGGGAUCUCCUAAAGACCUCUGCCUUUGAGACUUUUUGGGGCACAGAAAUGUACUGCCCUCCUGAGUUUAAAAAGAGUGGCAAGUAUCAUGGGAAGCCCGCAACUGUAUGGUCUCUGGGAGUGCUUUUGUUCGAGUUGGUGUGCGGAGACCCUCCAAAGAACAAAGACCUGAACAAGAUUGAGGCGGGCAUCUGGUCUAAACCUGGCUUGUCAAAAGGUGAGCUGGCAUUUACGAUAGCAAUUCAUUCUUAA